AUGAAGGGACGCCUGGCUGAGAUGCAGCACCGCUUCCUGUGGGAGCUGGCCCCGAGCCCCAGGGAGUUGUCAAGACCAGAUCCCGGAGGAUACCUAAGGAGGGUGAUGGACUUAGAACCUUGCAGACCACGUUUCUCAUGGCAGCAUCACCGAGAACAGGUGCCAGAGGACCUGUGUGCUGCGAAGACCAGUUUAUUUUGUUUGAGGGCCAGUACCUGGGGUGUGCGGCCAGUUGGGCAAUGCGCCAAGUACACGAACGGAAAAGCCCCCCGCCCAGGAUCCUUCCGCACAGGAGGGCGGGUCGAGGGGCAGGCCUCCAGGGCUGACGUUCCAGGACCGGGGCUUGUCCCAUUGCUGAGCCUGUGUCCAGCUCUCUGUAGAGAACCAGUUGGUGCAAAAGUAUCCCUGCUCUUCGAUCGCUUGAAUCAAAUGAAGGCAGUGCAUUUACAACAUCCGUAA